AGGACCUUCUGCUUGGGUGACUGAACUCUGCUCUUGACAUAGUGUACGGCCAUGGCAUCCAAGGGAGGCACUGUCAAAGCUGCUUCAGGAUUCAACGCCAUUGAAGAUGCCCAGAACCUGAGGAAGGCCAUGAAAGGGCUUGGCACUGACGAAGAUGGCAUUAUUAAUGUCCUGGCCUACCGCAGCACUGCCCAGCGCCAGGAAAUCAGGACAGCCUACAAGACCAGCAUCGGCAGGGACCUGUUGGAUGACUUGAAGUCAGAACUGAGUGGCAACUUCGAGCAAGUCAUUCUGGGGAUGAUGACGCCCACCGUGCUGUAUGACGCGCAGGAGCUGAGGAGAGCCAUGAAGGGAGCUGGCACAGACGAGGGCUGCCUGAUUGAGAUCCUGGCCUCCCGGUCCACUGAGGAGAUCCGGCGCAUCAAAGGGACAUACCAGCUGCAAUUCGGACGGAGCCUUGAGGAUGACAUUUGCUCAGACACGUCCUUCAUGUUCCAGCGAGUGCUUGUGUCUCUGUCAGCUGGUGGCAGGGAUGAAGGAAAUCAUCUGGAUGAUCAACUCGUGAAACAAGAUGCCCAGGACCUGUAUGAGGCAGGAGAGAAAAAGUGGGGAACAGAUGAGGUGAAAUUUCUAACUAUUCUCUGUUCUCGGAAUCGGAAUCAUCUGUUGCAUGUGUUUGAUGAAUACAAAAGGAUAGCACAGAAAGAUAUUGAACAGAGUAUCAAAUCCGAAGCCUCUGGCAGUUUUGAAGAUGCUCUGCUGGCUAUAGUAAAGUGCAUGAGGAACAAAUCUGCCUAUUUUGCGGAAAGGCUUUAUAAAUCUAUGAAGGGCCUGGGCACCGAUGACAGCACUCUCAUCAGAGUGAUGGUUUCUCGAGCAGAGAUUGAUAUGCUGGACAUUCGGGCCAACUUCAAGAGGGUCUAUGGAAAGUCUCUACACUCCUUCAUCAAGGGUGACACAUCUGGAGACUACCGGAAGGUACUGCUGAUUCUCUGUGGAGGCGAUGAUUAAAACGAAAAUCCAUCAAAAAUAGGAGGAUCAUCAACACUUUGAUUUUUUUUUUUUUAACCUUCAUUUUGCUGCACUGCUAUUAGCAUUAUCUUACAGUGCUUAUUUCCAAUUAAAACGCCUACCCCGCUGCCUCCUAGGACUGUCUAUAUUAUUAUUCAUCUGUAAUUAGUCAUUUUGAUCCUUUAAAGCCAUGCUUGCAUUUCAAAGCAUAUAAACCCUGAAAGGCCGUUUGAAAUUAGAAAUAAGUAUGUACUCCACACUUUGAUUUU